GCCCAGAUUUAUGGAUGGAGAAUUUAACGUGAACGUUACUCGCGGUUGAAACUUUGAGUUAGCUUUAGUCUUAAACCUUUAACAGCUAGUUACUAUAAGAUAGCGUUACAAAAGUUACACUUAUGUUAUUCGAAAUAUGACGGGAUAUGGACAAUGGACAAUGGUAAUUUUGUAAGUGGAAACAAGACGUCCUCUCAUGAGGUGUCCUGAGAGGGCAUACACAACCGUGACAGAAUGGGGAGAAAAAGAAAUGGCCCAGGGCACUCCAGACGCUCCCCUGCUUGCAAGACAAAUUCUGAAUCCCAGAUUUCCAGCAUCAAAGACCUGUCUCUUCCGGAUGGUCCAUCCCACGGUGAAAUCCCUGUCCUUCAUCCAGAUCCCUCCACACCUGGUCAGGGCCUGGAUGAAGCGGACUUCCUAGACAAUGUCUACCUGCUGGCGGCAGCCGUCUUCCAGAACAAUCACCUAGAGAAGCCUGCUGCCCACCGGUUGGUGAAUUAUGGCAAAAAGACAGGACUCCUUUUGCCUGAGGUCAAGGAUGAGGAACUGCAGAGAAAAGCUUAUGAGCUGGCCUUCAAUACACUUAAAUAUCAAGAACUGCUAGAGGACAUCAUGAUUGACAGCUGCUUUUACCUCACUCAGCCAAUGCCAGAUGAUCAGAUGAGCCUGGUUGCUGUGAUGCUGUUUGACUUCCAGGACAGAAAAUUCAUCCCAUGGAAGUGUCGGGGGGAGUCUGUACAGGAAAUCGGGGAUGUGAAAAACCUCCUCCUCAGGUUUAAAAUCAAGCUGGCAGCCGCUCUAGCCCGCUGUCGGAUCAAACAUAAUCUCUUGACUAUUGACUGCAUUCUGCCAGAGAGUCUAAAGACAAAACAGGAGAGAUCCAGCCGCCUGCCGCUCUACGCAUGGGUCAACACACUCAAGAGCAGUCUUGAUGAGGUCCAAAGUGUGCUUAGGACAGCGGGCGUCUCGCAGGUGAAAUCAAUCAGGGAGCUGGAGGGCCAGACUUUCUGCCAGGACACCCACUGUGGGGACACACUGGUGUUCCCUACCCAGCUCAGAGCUGAGCUGUACCGCACCGGGCUCCUCAGUGACCACAAACUCAUCAUCCAGGAUAAAGCCUGCAGCCUGGGCCCAAAUGCAGUGUGCUCCCUGCUAUCAGGGGAAGGAGAUGUUCUUAUGGCGGGCUGCUUCUCCGGCCUCACUGUUGCACACACUGCCUCUCUAAUUGCUGGCCACCACGAGGCCACCAGCAAAGACCAGUCCAAAGUCUACGUCUGCGUUGGCCAUUGCACAGCCGCCCAAAGGGAGGAGCUACAGGACGCCGUUACCGACAUGGGCUGCAAGAAUGUGAAGCUGAUACCCGAGGACUUCCACUGUUUGAAUGGUGGUGACAUACGGCUGCAGAGGGUGCGGGUCAUCCUGUUGACCCCUCAGAGUUCUUUGUCCGCAAUCAGCAACCCUGUUGAGUUUAUACUGCAAGAGAAGGAAGACACAGACCUGCUGCAGGACCUGUCCCAGGGCUCCAUCGCCCAGAGCAAGCUGGAAGCUCUGGUAGCACAACAGAAGAAGAACACUGAUCAUGCUCUGAAGUUCCCAAAGGUUUGCGCAGUUGUAUACUCUACCUGUUCAUCGUACUCAGAAGAGAAUGAGGAGGUGGUGAACAGAUCUCUGGAGGAGGCCAAAGCCAGAACAGAGCAGGAGGGGGAGCCCAAACUACCAAUCUUCAGGCCAACCCCAUCAUUCCCCAGCUCUUGUGGCCUUGCCGAAGGCUCUGAGGUCACAGGUCCCUUCUUCAAGCUAGAGCCCUCGGAGCAGAGUAAUGGCUGUUUCCUGGCCAUUCUCACCAGAGAGCCUGAGCCAGAGGUUGUGGAAACGCCACAGGACGUGCUAGCCAGGGCAAAUGCCAAGGGCCUGCUGGACAGGAUCGGUUGCAAUCAACCAGCCAGAAAAGAACGGCAUGGAAACACCAACCGGAUGACAAAAGGAAACCGUGCUUGCCCUUCUCAGUCUCAGCCCUCCAUCAGUACCCAGUCCAGAGUCGAUCAACUGCGCAACAGAGAGGCUAAGGGCAGCGGCUCUUCACAGUUUGCUAGUAGGCAACUGUCACCACAAGCCAGUAUUUCCUUGCCAGCUGCAAAGAACACUGCCUUCAGUCCCACACCUUGUACGAUUAUCAGCCAGGUAAACAAAACUGCGAGGAAUGGAACCCGGCUUGCCAGCACAUCCACAUCCAGCACCCGCUCCACCCUGCAUCCUGCCACUGCUGCCCCUGUUGGCCGUUCUCCUAGGGGCCGUCAAGAGGUGCUGAGGCCUGUGGCGCUCACUCUGCCUUCCAUUAACUUCCCCAGCUUCUCCCAACCCCCAGAGUCCAACACCAUCUAUAGUUAUGCAGCCUCAAAUCAACCUGUACCCCUCCUCUGUGCCAGACGAAGUCACUCUAGGGAUCCUGUGGCCAAUCGCCGGCCUUGGCUUUAACACAGACCUUAUAAACAGAAAGAAUACAAAAUGAAUAUUAAAAUGUGAACAAAAAACCUUUGUGUUCAGCAAAUGCUUACUUGACUGAAAUCAUUAGUGUUACAGAAACAUUGGUAAACCCUAACCCUAACUGAGGUGUAUUAAAGGUGUUAUUAAAUCAUAGAAUUUCAUAGGACAUAUGCAAUCAUGAAGAUAAUAAUUGAUGUCAUAGCCAUAAUUUUACUGUGCCAUAACGAACAAGCUUGCCACAUUGAUGUGUGCCAAUGUCAGUCAGUACAUGGGGUUGCAGUGACCUGAAAAAUGAAAUAAAACAUGGCAUAUUCAA